CUCCAGAGGGCUGCGAAUCUCUUAUCCGAAUGGCGAGCACAACUCUUUCAGAGAAUUCCUGCUUCCGAGUGGCAGUUGGUGCCUCCACAGCAUACCAUCCAUUAAGGCUUCCCCUAAAAAGAAUUAGAAUGGCCUCCCAUUUUGAGAGAAGUGGUCAUGCUGGGGACCAGAGAUUCUUUUCAUGGGGACAAAGUCAAUUAACCUCGCGAAUCCUAGCCGUGAUCAAAGUUCCCAGCAUGUUGAUCCACCUGCUCAGGAUGAAUUGUGUACUACUUAUAGAUACCCUUAGAAGGCUAUCGUAUCAUGUUGUUGUUGAGCUCUAUGUAUCUAAGAAUUUUAGAAUUUUAUUUUAGGCUCUGUUGUUGAGCUCUGUCUAAGUCAAAGUCGUAGAGAAGCACAACACACGGGCCAAAACGGUUCUACUCGGUCGUAAAGACUUCAGUACGCCGAAGACGAUGGAGCAUUUGCAUUUGCUGAAGACUCUGUGGACUCGGUUCGAGGAGACUUUCGAUCAUGCUAUGAUCGAGUCGACAAGAACUCCACAGCAACAUUAAGGUGAGGACUUCCAAGUUAGCGAACAGAGUACUUACAAGGGACAGAUCAUGUGCCUUACAACUAUACUACAGUACAUGCACAGUCAUAUUUUUACACUUAGGCGGGUGGUCAUCCUUAGCGGCCACUUAUUUUCCUACUAAGGGGAAAAACGGCUCCUAAGGAUGCAGCUAGUACCAAGGAUGCGAGGACUGAGGUAGCUCUUCUAACAGCAGUAUGAUCAACAACGAAUGCAGAAUACGGUAAGGGACUUUCUGGAUGGCGCAUCAGAGGGCCUGGCUUCGCUGUGCAUUACGUCGUCAACGCCUAAACUUUUUGACAGCUCAGUUCUGUUGAUCGAGUUAAUGAAAAAAGCUGCCAGCUACAGUGCGCCUUGUCUGCCUAGCAGAUCGCGCGGACCAGGUCGACCGUUUCAAAGAGGAAGUAAAAACAGGGCAAAAACCAAGUGCUUCGGGC